AUUUUGAUGCAUACCAAGGAGAUGGUGCAAAAGAUGAACCUCGAAGUGAUUUAUGGAGACACAGAUUCCAUUAUGAUAAAUACCAAUAGCACCAAUUUGGAUGAGGUCUUUAAGCUGGGGAAUAAGAUCAAAAGUGAGGUGAACAAGCUUUAUAAAUUGUUGGAAAUCGAUAUUGAUGGAGUCUUUAAGUCCUUGCUACUGUUAAAGAAGAAGAAAUAUGCUGCGCUGACUGUGGAACCAACAGGAGGUGGGAAAUAUGUAACUAAACAAGAACUGAAAGGAUUGGAUAUAGUCCGAAGAGAUUGGUGUGAUCUUGCAAAAGAGACUGGAAACUAUAUAAUUGGUCAGAUUCUUUCUGAUCAGCCCCGAGACAUAAUCGUGGAAAAUAUUCAAAGACGGCUUAUAGAAAUUGGGGAGAAUGUGAUCAAUGGCCAGGUCCCAGUAAAUCAGUUUGAAAUAAACAAGGCAUUGACAAAAGACCCACAGGAUUAUCCUGACAAAAAAAGCUUGCCACAUGUGCAUGUUGCCAUGUGGAUAAACUCUCAAGGAGGCCGAAAGGUGAAGGCAGGAGACACAGUGUCAUAUAUCAUUUGUCAGGAUGGAUCACAUCUCAGUGCCAGCCAGCGAGCAUACGCUCCAGAACAGUUGCAAAAGCAAGACAAUCUCACUAUUGAUACGCAGUACUACCUGUCACAGCAAAUACAUCCAGUAGUUGCCAGAAUAUGUGAGCCCAUAGAGGGAAUUGAUUCUGUUCUAAUUGCAACGUGGUUAGGACUGGAUCCCUCCCAAUUCAGAGUCUAUCACCAUUACCAUAAAGAUGAGGAGGAUGAUGCCUUGGUUGGUGGCCUAGCUCAGCUCACCGAUGAGGAGAAAUAUAAGAAUUGUGAAAGAUUCAAGUUUUGCUGCCUUAAAUGUGGAACAGAAAAUAUUUAUGACAAUGUCUUUGAUGGUUCGGGGCGAUUUAUUGAACCCAGCUUGCAAAGGUGCAGCAAGACUGAAUGUGACGAGCCUCCUUUCAACUCUGUGGUUCAAAUGAGCAACAAAUUACUGCUGGAUAUUAGACACUACGUCAGAAAAUACUAUAAUGGCUGGUUAGUAUGUGAGGAGCCAACUUGCCAGAAUCGUACCCGUCGACUUCCCCUGAGUUUUUCCAGGAAUGGCCCUGUGUGCCAGGCCUGCAAGAAGGCUGUUCUGAGGCCAGAGUAUUCUGAUAAGGCCCUGUACACUCAGCUCUGCUUUUACCAACACAUUUUUGAUGUGGAGUAUGCAAAGGAUAAAGUGAUUACUGAAGAUGAGAAAG